AACAACAAAGCAUAAACUGAAUGCAAAACUUUUCACGAGUGAAAUCACCCGCUGAGUUUUCCAAAAAAAGGAAAAAAAAACAAAAGAGUUGGCAAGAAAAAGACAUUGUCUUUUAUGAAUAAACAAUCAUAUACUAUUCUAUUACAAAUUGAUAUAAUAAUAGAAGUGAGCUUGUUGUUCAUAUUUAUCUGCACAAAGUGUAGUGGUAGUUCAUGAGAUGAUGAGUAUGGCGAUUUGCAGGGUGAGAGCAGCACUGCUUUCUCUUUCCAACCAUAAAUCUUCUCUUAUAUCCUCUUCUUCUUCUUCUUCUUCAAUACGCAGUUUUUCAUCAUCCCAGUUUGAGAGUGUUGGGUUCAUUGGGCUGGGAAAUAUGGGCUCCAGAAUGGUGAAUAAUCUUUUGAAGGCUGGAUACAAUGUGACUGUUCAUGACAUAAAUUGUAAUGCCAUGAAGAAGUUCUCUGUUAUGGGAGUUCCAACAAAAGAAACACCUUUUGAAGUUGCAGAAGCAAGUGAUGUUGUAAUAACAAUGUUGCCUUCUUCAUCUCAUGUAUUUGAUGUUUUCACUGGACCAAAAGGUUUGCUUCAAGGUGGCAAUCCCCUAAGACCAUGGUUAUUAAUAGAUUCAUCUACUAUUGAUCCACAAACAUCGAGAAAGCUUUCUGUGACUGUAUCUAAAUGUAAUUUAAAGGGAAAGAAAGACAAUUUGGUAAUUCCUGUCAUGUUGGAUGCUCCAGUAUCUGGGGGUGUUCUUGCUGCAGAAGCUGGCACACUUACUUUCAUGGUUGGUGGAUCCGAGGAAGCUUUUCUGGCUGCAAAACCCUUAUUCCUUUCAAUGGGCAAAAACACAAUAUAUUGUGGGAAAGCAGGAAAUGGUUCAGCUGCAAAGAUCUGCAAUAAUUUGGCAAUGGCUAUUAGCAUGCUUGGUGUUUCAGAAGCCCUUGCUCUUGGUCAGUCUCUGGGAAUUUCUGCCAGUACUCUGACAAAAGUAUUCAACUCUUCAAGUGCUCGCUGUUGGAGUAGUGACAGCUAUAAUCCAGUUCCUGGAGUGAUGGAAGGAGCACCCUCUUCUAGGAAUUAUGACGGUGGGUUUGCAUCUAAGCUUAUGGCUAAAGACUUAAUCCUUGCAGCAGAAUCAGCCAAAGACAUUGGUCAAAAAUGCCCAUUAACAUCCCAUGCUCUAGAGAUAUAUACAGAGCUUUGCAAGGAUGGCAAUGAAACUAGGGACUUCUCCUGUGUUUUCCGUCAUUAUUACUCUGGCAUGGAUGAGUUAUAGUUCAACCAGUAAAUGAAAUGCUUGUAUUCAGCCAAAGAAAAAGGUUUCGCUUGUAGAAGAAGCUCAAGUGUUGGAAAACUUUAUGCUUCUUUUUUAGCAUCCAAUUCUUCGCCAUUUCACACUGGUUUGUUACUUGUUAGAAUUGUUCGUUUCUUUAAACUGGUUAAAUUCGUUGCAGUCUUGUAUAUUUUGUCUGAAAUAAGUUGCAUAAAGCACCAGAGUAUCUAAUAUCUAAAUUUAUAUCAUAUAUAUACAAUAAAAGAUGGGUCUUAAAAGA